AUGUGGGGUGUUACGUCCGGUGAUAUGACUGCCGGUAAUAUGAGACAUCAACAAUACGGUUGCCAGUACGGUUCCCUUCCUGUUUAUAUGCAUUUCAUCGCCAACCCCAUCAACAUCUAUACUAUAUGUUCGCAUAAGCGAGAGUUAAAACAGGAGAAAGGGGACAUUUCCGUUCUACUGUGUCUCCUAUGCUACGACACAAAAGGUCUUGCUAAUCAAUAA